AUGCUACCUGGUAGUAUUCAUGGCAACACAGGGCAGAGCUCUCCCUCACCAUACACUGUCACUGUCAGCCAGACCACCUACCAGCCAGGAGACACCAUCCAAGGUGAGUCACCAAGAUGGUUGAAACACACUACUGGGCUUACCAGAUCCAUACUGUAUUGGCUCAGAUGCAGGAACGGACUGGGACCAGUAAUCUGCCCGGGCAUUUCUAAUACACAACCCAUUUUGUUCCUUGAGGCCCCCGCAAAUAAUGUUCAUUUUGCGAGAAAAUUUAAAUAAACAUUUAGACAGGGCUAAAAAAUGGAACAUUAACCAGAAUUGCCCUAUGGCAGUCCAUCCCUGCUCAGAUGUAAACAUUUUGUCACGAUCGUCGUAAGGAAUAGACCAAGGCGCAGCGUGAUGAACGAACAUGUUUAACUUUAUUAUCUUUAGUGAUAAUAGAACACAAUCAACAAAACAAGAAACGACUCGUGAAGUCCACGGUAACAAUGACCGAACACGGAACAAGAACCCACAAACACAAAGGGAAAAUAGACAGUAUAAAUAUGGCUCCCAAUCAGAGACAACCAACGACAGCUGACACUCGUUGCCUCUGAUUGGGAGUCACUCUAGCCAACAUAGAAAUAAACACAUAGAAUGAACACACCCUGGCUCAACAUAUAGAGUCCCAGAGCCAGGGUGUGACAGUACCCCCCCCUAAAGGCGCGGACUGCGACCGCGCCUCAACCUGAACAAAACAGGGGAGGGCUGGGCGGGCAUACCUCCUCGGCGGCGGUUCUGGCUCCGGCCUUGACCACCACCCUCCAAUAAACCCCCCAUAGCGCCCCUGGUCCAGUCUGGCCCCGCCGGCUGGAGCUGAACUGGACUUAGCAGGAGCGGUUAGCUUCAGCUCCAUAGUGGAGCAGUUGACCGGUACCUUACCAGGCACCGGUGACCCAGGCACGGGUUGUGCUGGACUGACGACGCGCACCCCUGGCUUGGUGCGUGGAGGAGGAACGGGCCUUACCAGGCUGAUGACGCGCACCCCUGGCUUGGUGCGUGGAGGAGGGACGGGCCUUACCAGGCUGACGACUCGCACCCCUGGCUUAGUGCGUGGAGGAGGAACGGGCCUUACCAGGCUGACGACUCGCACCCCUGGCUUAGUGCGUGGAGGAGGAACGGGCCUUACCAGGCUGACGACUCGCACCCCUGGCUUGGUGCGUGGAGGAGGGACGGGCCUUACCAGGCUGACGUCUCGCACCCCUGGCUUAGUGCGAGUAGCAGGAACGGGCCUUACCAGGCUGACGUCUCGCACCCCUGGCUUAGUGCGAGUAGCAGGAACAGGCCGGGCCGGGCUGGCGACGCGCACCGUAGACUUGGUGCGAGUGGCAGGAACAGGCCGGGCCGGGCUGGCGACGCGCACCGUAGACUUGGUGCGAGUGGCAGGAACAGGCCGGGCCGGGCUGGCGACGCGCACCGUAGACUUGGUGCGAGUGGCAGGAACAGGCCGGGCCGGGCUGGCGAUGAGCACCGUAGACUUGGUGCGAGUGGCAGGAACAGGCCGGGCCGGGCUGGCGACGCGCACCGUAGACUUGGUGUGAGUGGCAGGAACAGGCCGGGCCGGGCUGGAGACGCGCACCGUAGACUUGGUGCGAGAGGCAGGAACAGGCCGGGCCGGGCUGGCGACGCGCACGGUAGACUUGGUGCGAGUGGCAGGAACAGGCCGGGCCGGGCUGGCGACGCGCACCGUAGACUUGGUGCGAGUGGCAGGAACAGGCCGGGCCGGGCUGGCGACGCACACCGUAGGCUUGGUGCGUGGAGCAGGGACAGGCCGGACUGGGCUGGCGACGCACACCGUAGGCUUGGUGCGUAGAGCAGGGACAGGCCGGACUGGGCUGGCGACGCACACCGUAGGCUUGGUGCGAAGAGCAGGGACAGGCCGGGCUGGGCUGGCGACGCACACCGUAGACUUGGUGCGAGUGGCAGGAACAGGCCGGGCCGGGCUGGCGACGCACACCGUAGGCUUGGUGCGUGGAGCAGGGACAGGCCGGGCUGGGCUGGCGACGCACACCGUAGGCUUGGUGCGUAGAGCAGGGACAGGCCGGGCUGGGCUGGCGACGCACACCGUAGGCUUGGUGCGUGGAGCAGGGACAGGCCGGACCGGGCUGGCAACGCACACCGUAGGCUUGGUGCGUGGAGCAGGGACAGGCCGAACCGGGCUGUGGAGACGGAUAGGAGACCUGGAGUGAAGAGCGGCCACAACCCGUCCUGGCUGAAUGCCUACCCUCACACACUCUGUGUGAGGCAUCCGCACAGGACGUACAGGGCGGUGUAUCCGUAACCUGGUGGCCUUCUGAAUCCGCCCCUUUUCUGCCUCCGUCAGCCCCGUCGUCCAUGCCGUGUGCCCCCCCCUAAAAAAUUUCUGGGGUUGCCUCUCGCCUGUCCGACGUUGACCCGUUUGGCGCCGCUGCUCCUCUCUACGGCGCGCCUCCAUCGUCUCUUCUCCCAGGGCUUCCUCCCAUGUCCAGCCCAAGAGCUGCCCCUGGACACGCUGCUUGGUCGUUGCAUGGUGGGUUCUUCUGUCACGAUCGUCGUAGGGAAUAGACCAAGGCGCAGCGUGAUCAACGAACAUGUUUAACUUUAUUAUCUUUAGUGAUAAUAGAACACAAUCAACAAAACAAGAAACGACUCGUGAAGUCCACGGUAACAAUGACCGAACACGGAACAAGAACCCACAAACACAAAGGGAAAAUAGACAGUAUAAAUAUGGCUCCCAAUCAGAGACAACCAACGACAGCUGACACUCGUUGCCUCUGAUUGGGAGUCACUCUAGCCAACAUAGAAAUAAACACAUAGAAUUAACACACCCUGGCUCAACAUAUAGAGUCCCAGAGCCAGGGUGUGACACAUUUCACAUAGCAUAUUCCAGAACAGCUGACCUGACAAUAUAAGAUUGCUGAGAGGCAUCCAUCUCCCUCCCUUUCUCUCACUUUCUCUUUCUCUCUUUCUCUCAGUGACUCUGUCAGGAACCAUCCCUUUUAGUGGGUUUCUUCUGGAGGCCCAUGAGGAAGGACAGAACACCGCUGUGGGAACGUUCUCUCUCGGCAGUGGGUCUGGUAUCGUUCUUGUGCCGUGUAAUGGGAUCGCAGUGAGUUACGGUUAGGGUUGUAAAAUUCCUAAAACUUUCCCAGUUGGAGGAUUCCCAACCUGCUCAUGCCAUCCUGAUACUGGAUCCUCCAACUGGGAUUUCUAGAAAACAUGGGAAUUUUGCAACACUAGUUACAAUACAGCACAGGUCUUUCUGGCCAUAGUCUUCACUGUUAUCAAUUUACCUACUGACUUAUUGGAUUAUAUUGACACAACAAUAUGUCAAAUGAAACUUACUUGAGCCCAAUAAUAGGAUAGUUUUUACUGGUCAGGCUACAGAGUGAGGAAAUAGAGUUAGGGUUGCAAAAAUUCCGGUAACUUUCCCCAAAAUGGGUUUGAUUCCGGAAUUCCUGGUUAUUCUCUCCUGAUUCCUGGAAUCUUCCAACCAGGAUUUCUGGAAAACCAACCCUAGACAAUAGUUUGUUACCUUUACCUACUAUAGCUUGAACAACCAAUAAGCAAUGAUCAGAGUUGCAAAUGUUAGUUUAUUGAUAUUGAAUUUUACACCAUAACUAGUCAUUGUUCUCUGUUGAUUGACUUGACCUGCUGUUUUACUGUUAGGCCUCUGGGGUGAGUCAAAGCAACAAUCAGCCUAAACGAACAGUAACAGUCACCUGGACAGCACCAGCCUCAGUCUCCUUGGGAAACAUCCUAGUCAAGUGAGUCUCCACUAGAGUUGAAAAAUUAUGGUAACUUUCUCAAAAUUCCCAGGUUUUCCAGAAAUCCUGGUUGGAAGUUACUGGAAUUUGGCAACCAUAGUCUCCACUAAAGCCAUCACAAACACGACGCAGUUCUUUUUUACAUAAUUUUUCUCUAGUCAGCAACUGAAAUCACAUAUUUCUUGCCCAAAAUGUUUGCAGAGGUGUCAUGCCUAUUGAAAAAAUUACAGCACUAUAUAUCCAUUUGUAGGAUGAAAACACUUUGGUGCAUGAUCCGACGGCACAGACAUCAGUUUAACAUCUAGUUUUGAGUUACGUUUGGUUGAAUUGUCAACUAACGGAAUUCAACGUUCAAUCAACAACAAAUGUCACCCUGUCUUUGGAUUUAGGUUCAAAGUUGGCUGAAAAAAAAGAGGAAAUGACUUUACAUUGAUGACUUUUUCCUAAUCUAAUCAGGUUUCCAUGUUGAUUCAAUGUCAUCACAUAUAUUUUUUGGGUUGAAAUGACGUGGAAACAACGUUGUUUCAAUUAGUUUUACACUGUGGGAUGCCUCUAAAUGUUUGCUCUGUGUUGCAAAAUUCCAGAAACUUUCCCAAAACUGUUACAUUUUACAGAAAUUGAGUAUCUGCAGAAUCAGGCUUGAAUGAGCAAUGGGAAUCCUACAACCAUGGGAUUUUGGAAAACAUGGGUAUGAUGAGACUGUUUCAGGAAUUUUGUGUGCUGUCUAAUAUCGGUACUAUUAUCUGUCAUCCUCUUCAAGGACAACAUUUAUGCAGACCUUCAGUGUAUUUUGGAUUGCAGUGCCUAGCGUGCCAGUAAACCGAGUUGUCACCAAUACAAGUCAUCCUACAACAACAACUACUGCUCCUACAACAACAACUACUGCUCCAACUACAACAACCACAGCUCCUACUACAACAACUACUGCUUCUACUACAACAACUACUGCUAAUACUACGACAAUCACAACUGCAGCUCCUACUACGACAACUAAAGCCUCUAAUCUGACAACAACUACACAACCAAUCACUGAACUACCAACAACUACACAACCAAUCACUCAACAGAUGAGCACUACACCUCCAACCGCCGGACAGUCAACCACGAAUAGUGGAUCUGGUAAGUGUGAUUUACUGUGCUUAAUAUCUAAUCAAAUUGGUAAUAGAGGUCAACCCUGUCACGUCCCUUCAUUUUUACAUACAGUACAGUAUGUGUUUGUUUCUCUGUCAGUCUGUCAGUCUCUUUGUUUCAUACUUGUUCAUAUUAUUGACUCAUUGUGUCUCUACAGGAUAUAAGUUUGUACUGAGGGUGAAAUUCACCUCGACGACAAAGCUUACCGAAUCUGAGAUCUUGAAGCAGGUGAGAGUCACUGUCAAACAUAUAAUUCAUUAUGAAUAAUUCAUCCCCAAAUAUUAUUAUGGGAUGAGGAAAAACCUCGCUCUAAGGGAUUCGAAGUGUAAGAAUGCUUUAACAAAUUAGAAUAUUGAAUAAAGAUGGAAAGUAAAGUGAAUGAGGGGGAAGGAGCGUGAAGAGGAGAGGGAAAGUAGCAAUAACACAUUUACUAAAUGAUGUAACCCCUGUGUUUAUUCCAGCUCCGUGAGGAACUGAUCAGACGAGGGCUGCCAGGAGACUUUACAAUGCGAUUGAGAAUCGUUCAGAGCUAG